CAGCCGAGGAGGCGUCAGUCCCGAUUCCAAGAUGGCGGAGUGCCGCUGGCGUGAGGUGAGGUUUGUCUGCGUCACGUGACAGGCAGGACGGGGGUGUGUGUAUCCCCGUCGUGUGUCCCGGCGGAAGAGUGGAGGGAGUCGGCUGAAAGGUCGCAGCUGGAACAGAAGGGAAAGCAAAGCGGCGCGGCCUGGCGCUGGAGAACCGAAGACACGCCAGUCACCACGGAUACAGCCGGAACCAACGCGGCGGCCGGGGCGCAGCCACCCUCGCUGCCUCCGCCGCCUCCUCCACCGAGGAUGUCACGCAGGAAGAGAAAUGCAGGCAGCAGUUCUGAUGGAACCGAAGACUCUGAUUUCUCUACGGACCCAGAGCAUACAGACAGUUCGGAAAGCGACGGGACAUCACGCCAGUCAGCACGUGUGACUCGCUCUUCUGCCAGGCUCAGCCAGAGUUCUCAAGAUUCCAGUCCAGUUCGCAAUCCCCCAUCAUUUGGAGCAGAGGAGCCUGUUUAUUCUACUCGGAGGGUAACCCGCAGUCAGCAGCAGCCGGCACCUGUGACUCCCAAAAAAUAUCCACUCAGGCAAACCCGUUCAUCUGGAUCAGAAACAGAGCAAGUGGUUGACUUUUCUGAUAGAGACACUAAAAACACAGCUGACCAUGACGAAUCUCCACCUCGCACGCCAACUGGGAAUGCCCCAUCUUCGGAGUCUGACAUUGAUAUCUCCAGUCCCAACAUGUCUCAUGAUGAGAGCAUUGCCAAGGAUAUGUCCAUGAAAGAUUCUGGAAGCGACCUAUCCCAUCGUCCCAAACGCCGCCGAUUCCAUGAAAGCUACAACUUCAACAUGAAGUGUCCCACCCCUGGCUGCAAUUCUCUAGGACACUUGACGGGAAAACAUGAAAGACAUUUCUCCAUAUCUGGGUGUCCGCUAUAUCACAACCUUUCGGCUGAUGAAUGCAAGGUGAGAGCACAAAGCCGAGAUAAGCAAGUCGAGGAAAGGAUGCUGUCUCACCGACAAGAUGACAAUAACAGACAUGCCACCAGACAUCAGGCACCGACGGAGAGACAACUGAGGUACAAAGAGAAAGUAGCAGAGAUGAGGAAGAAGAGGAAUGCAGGGCUGACUAAGGAGCAGAAGGAAAAAUAUAUGGAACACAGACAAACCUAUGGCAACACCAGAGAGCCCCUUCUAGAAAACCUGACUAGUGAAUAUGACCUAGAGCUUUUCCGGCGAGCACAAGCAAGAGCCUCCGAGGACCUGGAAAAACUGCGACUUCAGGGCCAGAUCACAGAAGGCAGCAACAUGAUCAAAACCAUUGCCUUUGGCCGCUAUGAGCUGGACACCUGGUACCACUCUCCCUACCCAGAGGAGUAUGCACGGCUGGGGCGCCUCUACAUGUGUGAGUUCUGCCUCAAAUACAUGAAGAGCCAGACAAUACUACGCAGGCACAUGGCAAAAUGUGUCUGGAAGCACCCUCCAGGAGAUGAGAUUUACCGCAAAGGCUCCAUAUCAGUGUUUGAAGUAGACGGGAAAAAGAACAAGAUCUACUGCCAGAACCUGUGCCUUCUGGCAAAACUCUUCUUGGACCACAAGACUCUCUAUUAUGAUGUUGAGCCCUUUCUCUUCUAUGUCAUGACAGAAGCGGACAACACUGGCUGCCACCUGAUAGGCUAUUUUUCCAAGGAGAAGAACUCAUUCCUCAACUACAACGUUUCCUGCAUCCUGACGAUGCCCCAGUACAUGAGACAGGGUUACGGCAAAAUGCUUAUUGAUUUCAGCUAUUUACUCUCCAAAGUGGAAGAGAAGGUUGGCUCCCCAGAACGGCCCCUCUCAGACCUGGGUCUCAUCAGCUAUCGUAGUUACUGGAAGGAGGUUCUUCUCCGUUAUCUGCAUAACUUCCAGGGCAAAGAGAUCUCCAUCAAAGAGAUCAGCCAGGAGACAGCCGUCAACCCUGUCGACAUUGUUAGCACUCUGCAGGCACUUCAGAUGCUCAAGUACUGGAAGGGCAAACACUUGGUUUUAAAGAGACAGGAUCUUAUUGACGAAUGGAUAGCCAAAGAGGCCAAAAGGUCCAACAGCAAUAAAAUCAUGGAUCCCAGCUGUUUGAAAUGGACCCCACCCAAGGGAACUUAAUUUGACCGAUCUCUCCAAGAAGCACGGAGACGCACAUCCCCCACCUGUUGCUGCCGCCGCCGCCCCCGUGAUCCAUUUCCUUCCCCAGCAUUAGGAACUGCCCUCGGGAUCUCGGAUGUGUCAUUGCUGUUGGUACCAAACCCCCAUUCCAUUUCCAGGAUGCUCCGUUGUGUGCUCUCAGGAUGCUCUGUUUUGUGCUUGGGUUUGUUUUUGAUCCCACCCCUUUGUACACAUGGCAGAUUCUGCUUCUGAGGAAUUUCUUGGAUUCCAGCCUUGGCACGAUUGCAAAGAUUGGAGGGUUCCGGAGCCAGUGCGAACGUGGUCCCAAGAAGGGUUUGCAAUACCUUGUACUGUACCUUCCCAUGAGUCACAGUCUUCUUGCCCAAAAGGUUCUAUUCCUCCCAUCAUUUCUUAGUUGUUACAAGCUGCUACUUCCACUGCAGCCUUCAAUAGCCUGGUCUGUAUGCGCAGCAGAAUGAGGUGGUGGAGUGGACUGUACUGCUUCAAAUUUCAGGUGCAGCUGACAUUUUUUAAAUGCUCUCGUGUGUGUGUGUGUGUGUGUGUGUGUAGAUAUAUAUAUAUAUAUAUAAAGAAGUUCCCUGCCAGCAGAAAACUAGCAUAGCAAGGAGAGAGGGCUAUAAUCAACUCCCCUUCUACCCUGGUAGUUUUCUACUUACAGGGAAUUUUGGAAUAUUUAUAUAACUAGGGGACCUUUUAUAAAAUGACCCCACCCUCCCCGCAAAUGGUACAGUUCAUUCUCCCAUUCUGUUGCAUGUGUUGAUCUGGUCUCAGUGUAGAUUCAUCAGAUGAUCUCCACCAAUCUGGUGUCAAGACACAAAUGGAAAGGAUGCAACACUUGUUGGGCUCCUGGGCUUUCUCAGGAUCGACCGUUUGUCACUCCCAUCCACAGGUCUGAACACCACCUGGACCUUGCCAUAGGGUCUAUGCAAAUUUCCUCCGUAGAGUGCUCCUCUUUCUCUCAAAAGGGGGCAAUAUAGGUAAGAGAAUGUCCAAAGAGCUCUGAUUUCAGAGCAGGGAAGAGCUGUUCCUUUGCUUCCGAUUCCCUGCCUUCCAGAAUUUUAAAUGAUAGCUUUGUGCUGGUCCCUUGCAAGUGUGGAUGGCUGACAGACUUUGCAGCCAGCACGGCUAACUUCCUACAGAGUGUGUGUGCAUGUGUGGGGGUAUCCCCUGGCAAAAAGGGUAUCAGUUCAUCUACACUGCUUACAGUGUCUCGGUGGUGUCGCCUGAUGUUUGGCCAAGGUUAACUUCUUCUGCAUACAUUCUGACCACUGAUAUAUUUGACCAGUUGAUUGAAUUAACUUUCUCUUGGUGGGAGGGGAGAUUGCAAGAUCAGCUUCCUACCUUUUUGAUAUCCUGUCUUCCUGCCACCUUGGCAUUUCUCGCCACUGGGAGAAAUCUUCCCGCUCCCACGAAAGCAAUGUCUACCACCUGGAGGCUGCUCCGUCUGUCAGUUCACUCUCUCACAGCAGCUUGCCAUGCAGAUUUGGCCCUUGUUGGACCUGGAGUGGUGAGGCCACCAGAGCUGGUGGUUCUGGACCAGUGGGGCAACUUGUCACAAUUUGAACGGCUUGCCAUAAGGGGUAGCCUCCACAUGUUGGCAUUUAAAGUAGCCACCAUAUCAUGGCUUGUUUGAAGGCAAUGCUUCUGCAUUUUUUGAACCUUCUCUGUUAACAAUCCUGGGCUGAGGGUUCUUUCCCACCACCACCCUUGUUGUCAUGAAUGGCUUAAAAGGAACAUGUAGGGAAGUGGCUUCAGCCGUGUAUUUUCCUGAGUUUUUGCUGUUACAUACAAUGAUGAGGAGAGUCACCAAGGGCAGAUGGUCUACAGGGCUACUGAACUGUGGCCCUCCAGGUGUUUUUGGACUACAGCUCCCAGCACCCCCAGCAUAGUGGCCCAUAGAGAUGAUGGGAGUUGUAGGCCAACAUCUGCAGGAGGGCUGAAGUUGAGUAGCCCUAGCAUUUGCAUCCCUGAAAUCUCUCAAUUUUACAUUAUGGUCUUACAAAAAUGGUCCUACAACGUAAGGUCUCCCAAGGAUAAUACAAUUAUACCACGUUUCAGGAUGCCUCAAACUACAUGUGGAUAUUUGCCACAAGAUGACUUCCUCCUUAGAAAAUUGUGAAGAAAGUCCCUUCACAACAGCCUCGUGGAUGGACCCAGACUUUCAAAGGGGUGUGUGCACAUAGCCUCACAUCUUCUUGGAUGUGCUUCUUAUCAGUGGGAGCUUAUAACUCUGUUAAGUGAUUAUAACUCAAAAAGCUGGGGUGAGAAAAUCAACCUGCAUGCCUGUUAUUUGCAGUGACUACCCGACCCCUGGCAGAGGUGAAGGAGAGAGGAAGAAGCCGGGUCUUGCAUGGAGAGGCUUAUGAGCUGCCCAUUAUAAAUCAAUCACCUGAUUAUAUAAUGAUCAAUCACCUGAUAUAAAUCAGGUGCUGGUGGCACCUUGAUAUGGCUACCUAGCCAUUUACGUCACAGUUCACCUUUAAAGAGCAUGGGGUAAUUACCAUCUCACACUUGUUCCCAUCAUUAAUGGAGCUCCAUCAUUUAUGAAGAAUGCAAAUCCUUUGAACCAGAGUUUUGAUCGAUCUAUCAUGAUGUUGAUAGAGAUCUACCACCAUCUAUAUAAAGUCGCUGUUUUUAAUACAACAGAUUGUUGGAUGGGUCCUCCUUGCACUUCCGGUGAUUGCAUUCAGCCUUUUGGCUACUUCUUGUGCAUAAGAGUUGCAGGAGUACACUCCCACAUUUGGAAUAAAGCAGUCUGCUCCCCUGAAUCCUGAGAUGCUGUUACACAAAGCUGCCUGGAUUCCAGUGUGCACGUCAUGGGCCCCAGGCUAAGAUGGUGGGUGGGAUCUGCAGCACAACCUCAGAGGCCAGAAAAGGACAUGGGGGGGCGGGGCGGGUCAGCACGAAUAGCAUCCUGCCUCCCUGCACCACCCCAUCCCAGUUAGAUUGUCUUCUAGUUCACCAUUCUUGGGGAAGAAUUUUUCUUCAGAGCAGUUCUCUUGAUGUGACUCUUUGGACUUUGCAAACUUCCAGCCCACGAAUACAGUGUUUUGACCUGGUUUUGGAUUGCCUUAAAAUGGGGAUGUGUGUCUGUGCUCUGCGCCUAUAUCCGCUCCAAUCAAGUGUCGGGGUGAGCUUCUUUUGUUGUAAUGUUUGGUGCAAUCCCCUUUCAUGCUGCGCAAGGUGAACACCCAGGAAGGGCAUAACAGCAGUCCAGCUGCUAUGCUGUUGCCUUUUGUGUCUGGUGUCCUCGCCUGCAAAAGACAUGCAUGGAGUGUCCACAGCAGCCUUCAUUUUAGCAGGACUCUAAACGUACCUCCUUUUGUUUGGAAUAUGAGAGUAUUGUUCAGAGCGGAUCCUUUUCCAGCACAGAUCUUUCUGGAAGUGCUCCUGUGGCUGGUUCUCUUGCAUUUUUGGUUUUGUCUCUUCACUGCCAUCCGGAAUCUGCCAAAGUUUAUAUUUCUGUGCACAUUACUGGCAACUCUCAUCCAGCACCCUCAGCUUCUAGAUUGUAGCCAAUGGUGGGGUGGCUCUCUCUCUUUCUCUCUUUUGUGGGGAGGGGAGGGGAGGGGGAGGUUGGCUGUUCUUGUACAGAAGCAAAUCUCUCCAUUUCCUGGAUAUGUUAGAAUAUGCUACCAGUGUAUCUACUUCUCAAUAAAGCAUGUUCUCUGCUCUA